AUGAUUUCAAAGCUGUUUCGCCUGGACACGCAGCGCCGCGAGAAGCAUGAAAUAACCCCUCACGAUAUAAAAAUGCUGCGGGAGAUGGCUGCGACACACAACAUCACCUCCGUGGAGGUUCCAAGGUAUAGGGUGCGAGGGAACUUCGUGGAGUACGUGGUUGAGUGCUCCGAGAGAAACUUGACAUGGCAGGUAUUUCGCCGCUAUCAACAAUUCAAGUUGCUUGACCAGAAGCUGAAGCAGUUGUGUUCAAUGGGUUCCCAGUACCACUGUGAAUACGGUGUUCUCCCUGUGCUUACCGGUAGUCACUGGGCAGAAGUGACAAAUCAAUCUGUCGACCUUGUGGAGAAGCGUCGUCGACACCUUGAGAUUUAUCUCGAACAGCUGCUUGUCCCAAAGAACCUGUUUUAUGUGGCUAACACAGCUCUGUACAACUUUCUCCACGACGGGGAGGUGCCGGUGCGGUCUAGGACAAAUGUACUGCGUCCUCUCAUCGGCUUUGCAAAACCAGAGCCAUCGCAGCAGCAGCCGCAGGAGGAGAGGGGGGACGGAAUUGCCGCGUCGGAGGAAGCGCCCCCGAAGCCGUUAGACACUGGCGCCGCGGUUGGUAGUGCGGGUGGCGACCCCUCCGUGCCAACUACCACAAAUUGCGCCGCAUCGGAGAGAGGGAUCUCCAAUUCCGUGGAUUCGUCCAUGACGAAUGCCUCGAGUGGCCCUGAGGAAUGUGAUGACGUUCCAUCGAAGGAGGAAACCGACACCGAAGACAUCAACAUGCCGCCGGCCUCAUCUUUGUGCUUGCAGUGUAACGCCGAGUUUUCCUCCAUGUUGUACCCGCACCGCUGCUUUUUGUGCAAACAACGUUUUUGUCGAAACUGUUUGCGCCAUGUGGAGCUUGAGGAAGGGGCUGUCAGGGUGUGUGUGCAGUGCUACGAGAACCAGGAACGGCACAAUAGGAAGAUGCGGAUGGGAAAGGAUUCCUCGCCCACUACGCCAAGUCUGCAUCCGCAAGGGGACGUUGCUGCAUCGCAACCGCUACACCUUCAGGAAGGGAGUUGCUUGCGGACGGACGUUUCACUGUCUGACUUUGAGCUCGUCACAACGCUUGGCCGCGGCACCUUUGGCAAGGUUAUCAAAGUCAUCUUUCGUGAAGAUGGCCAGGUGUACGCCAUGAAAGUUUUGAAUAAGUGCAUCAUUCACAAGCGGCGCAUGGUUGACUACAUUAGGGAGGAAAAGACUAUUCUGGCAUCGUUGCCCCCGCAUCCGUACAUUGUGGCAUGCCACUUUGCUUUUCAGACGGAUUACCACCUGUUUUUUGUCUUUGACUUCCUUCCUGGCGGGGAACUGUACUCGCGCCUCUACCCAAAAUGCACGCUCUCCCCGGCGGACGUGCGCGUGAUUGUCGCCGAGAUCGUCUUGGCCCUGGAACAACUGCAUCGCUACGACAUUGUUCACCGCGACCUGAAGCCGGAGAACGUUGUGUUUGCGGCGGACGGUCAUUUGAAGCUGACGGACUUUGGACUUGCACGAAUGAACUUUUCCCGCCACCGUCGCUGCAGCUUCGUUGGUAGCCCGGAGUACCUCGCCCCUGAAACAAUUCGGGGGGAGCGCCAGACCGCUGCGUUAGACUGGUGGAGUUUGGGGGUGAUGAUGUACGAGAUGCUCAAGGGCGCAGCGCCGUUCCACGCGGCGAACAACAAUGAGGUCUGCAGUAAUGUUCUGAGCCUCGACCUCGAUCUCAGCGCGCCGUGCUUUACCCCUGAGGCCGCCUCACUUAUCCGGCAGCUCCUGCAACGUCAGCCGAAGCAGCGACUCAGUGAUGCGGAGCAGAUUAAGGCGCACCCUUACUUUGCAUCUCUCAAUUGGUCAGCCUUGGAGAAGAAGGCCCUCCCCCCGCCGGUGCGGCUCAACUUCGACGGCAAUGACACAAAGUACUUUAAGCGGGAAUUUACGGCGGAGUGGGCAGUGAUACGUAAGCCGCACGAGGUGAGUCGUGCCACGUUAGAUAUCUUGAAAACCCGAUUUAGCAACUUUGUUCAUGUGCCUGAUGUGGAAUCUGGUGUGUCGUCGUCGUCGUCGCGUUCCUCGUGCCAUUCGUCUUGCAGGAAGCCGCCAUCGCACCUGCGCUCAAUAAAGGAGGAUGCCGACGCGGCGCCGAACGCGCAGAAAGUGUUAGGUCUCUGGCGUCUAGUGAAGGUUGAGAUGGCGACAGAUGACGGUAAAAUUAACUACCCGUGGGGCGGCGAAGUGUGCGGCUUCCUCGCGUACUUUCCCAAUGGUGUCUUUACCAUGCAACUCACUCUGGCCUGUCGGCGGCACAUGCGUGCGCAGUUUCCGGAGCGAGCCACCAGGGAUGAACUUGUGGACAUGUACAACUCCUACGUCGCAAGCUUCGGGAAGUACCAGGUGGGGGCCGAAGGUGGCACCAUUGUUCACUGUCCCAGUGGUAGCCUUGCUCCAGGCCCGUCGUGGGGCCAGCAGAAGUACUUCAUUGAGGUACUUGCUGGAAAAGCAGAAGGCGGUGUCGCAGUACUGAAACUUUUUACUGCACCAUACAAAAUUGAGGAAGAAAACUUAUUAGCGAGAACUUUUUUGACGUGGGAACGUCUCGAAUCAUGUUAA